UCUGAAGUCGAUGAAGGCAUUUCAAAUAAAAAGCUUUCUAAAAUAAUGCUUCUUAAAUCAUCAUCGUAGUGAAAUAUACCUGAAUAUGUCAUAAAUGGCGAACGUGAACCUAGCAAUUGCAACAAUGGAGCCCCGUGAAAGAAACAGCGGGUGCUCCGAGCGUGCCCCCUCAGGUGGGGUAUUGUUUCCACUCUCCGAAGAAGCACCCUUGGAGACCUAUAAUGGGUUACGAAGAAAUCGAGGUCACGCCUAUGCCAUCUCAACCUAUAACCAACACGAUGGUGGAUCCAUGCUACACUCCUUCUGGCAUGGCGGCAGAACCGCUCAGGUUCCCCAACCUAGUGACCGGGUUCGACCGAAGCCCAGAGCAUGCGGCGCGCGCGGCCUUGUACACGCGCUACACGCAGUACGAGUGGAACCAGAACAGCAUCAAAAACUAUAAUGAGUCCGAUGCCAAGAGGAACUUCUCUGAGAGGGUUCGGAAUGACAUUAUGCGGAUGCUCAGGGAGACUGACGAAAUCGGAACUCAGGGGCAGAGGGACUCUGGUAGGCGUAUCGGCGAACGAAUUACUGAUACCACAUUUUGGAGAAAUGAGGUGUCUAUUGAAAUGGAGCGCUUAGUGGCGACGUGCGAGAAACUGAACGAUACCAGGAGGCAACUAGAGCGAGCCAUCGCGGGCAUCGAAGGGCCGCUGCAUAUCGUGCAGGAGUGCCUCUACCAUCGUGAAAAGAGACAGGGUUUGGAGCAAGUGCACGAUGCGGUGGAGCAGUCGCUCCUCAAGGAAGUAGCUAUUCUUCGCGAGAGCCAGGAUAAAUUCCGAAAUAUGCUUGAAAAGGUCCGGCAACAGUCAAAGAACUGCCGCGCGACGCAAAAUGAGUUGGAGACGGAUAUGCGCAACAAGGAGUACGCUCUCGGCAUUGACUCAAUGUGCCACCAGCUCAACAACUUCUCGAAGGGUCUGCAAUUCUACGCGGGCAUAGAGCGCUACGACCCGACGGUGUGUGACACGGAGCGUUGGGCGGCCGCCAGCGCAGCCACUCUGCAGCGCUCGCAGUCCGAACGCGCUAAAGCUGUGCAGAUGCUGUCUGACGCUGAAAACUUGAUCAAUGUAUCAGCGACAGAGAUUUGGGACCAAUGGAGUAAUACGAAUAGUGCCUUCACUCGCCGCAUCGCUGAGACUAUUGAAAUCAAGAAUAAGCUGCAACUUCAUUUGCACAAGGUCCAACAAGAGAUGUUCGACGUGGAGAAGACGUUGGAGUUGCUGAACAAGGCGAUAGAGGACAAGUUGCAGCCCAUGCGCGUGGCGCACACGCGCCUGCAGGCCCGCACCGCGCGCCCGCACCUCGAGAAGUGCCGCGACGAGGCGCAGCACAGACUCGUCAAAGAAGUCUGCGAUCUCCAAGAGACUAUGGAAACUCUGCGCUCCAAAAUAGCCACAGCGGAGGGAACGCACCAGACACUUCUAGGAGUGCGCGCCGGGCUCGAAGCGGACCUCCGCAACAAGAGCACGACGCUCUUCAUAGACCGAGACCAGUGCAUGGGGCUGCGCAGGGGAUACCCCGUCACUGCCGCUAUCAAGGCCUAGGCCAAAGUUAGUCAAUCGUAAAAUGUCGGUAGUUGUUGUUAAAUUGUUCAGUAUUGUUUAAUUUGUUUGUUUGAGGAAAUAAAUUUGUUUAUAAUUA